CCCCACUUCUCUUCUCCAUUAUUUUUUAACUUUCAAUUCGUGUACUUUUUUCUCCUUUUUAUUGUAUUGUAUAUACCCGUAACCAAAACCAAAACCAAGUUCCGACAUUCCGACAUUUCUGUAACUAUGACCGACAGCAGCAGCAGUGAUUUAAAGUCGGGCGUGGCAGUUCCAAGCAGAUCGGAACGCAAAAUAUGCCAUGCCAAACGCGACGCUUACUUCAAAUGCCUGGACGACAAUGGCAUCGACAUUCCAGCCAAACGUGGCAGCUUUUGCGAAGAUCUGAGGAAGAGCAUGUUUGAUGGAUGCCCUGAAGUGUGGGCCAACUAUUUUGAGCAAUUGCGGACAAUGAAUAAGCAAAAGGAGCUGGCAUACAAGCGGUCGCAAGCGAUAAAAUAGACAAACUUAUUUUGUUUUCAAACAAUGAGAUAAAAUUUAUACAUACAGA